AUGUUGAUGAUGAUGACUGGCCGUGUGCUGCUGGUGUGUGCCCUCUGCGUGCUGUGGUGCGGUGCCGGCGGUGGUGGACGAGCUGAAACAUCUUCUCCAGGUUCUUCGGUUAAAGCGUCCGACGGGAGCACUCAAAAAGAAGAGGCCGUCGUUGGCGCUGGAGAAGGUGACCAAAACGGUGAACCGGCAGCGUCUCAAGAAAAACCAGCACCAACGACGUCAGGAUUACCGGCAGCGGUAGCGGCAACACGAACUGGAACACAAGCACCAGGAAAGGCAAACGCAGAGAAGAAAAACCAAACAGAAAACGGAGAGGAGGAGGAAAAUGUUGCUAAAAAGAAGGAUGAAGAUAAGGAACGGAAAGGGGAGGAAGUAGAAGAAGAAAAGGCUGAGCAAGAAAAUGAGGAAAGGGAAGAAGAAAGGCGAGAAGAAGAAGAGGAUGAGGAAGAAGAAAAACGUAACGAUAAGAAGGAAGAAGAGCAGAAAAAGAAGGAAGACGCUGCUACCGGCACCACAGGGGCGAUCUCAGCAGGCGGUCAAGAGCAGCCAAAUUUAUCUUCUGGUGCGGAGGGAGCAUCGAAUAAAACAAAUCCCAACAGCACAACAACAACUGGAGACGAUGAUCCAGCAGCUGAUGUUGCAGGGACAGCAGAGGGAAAACAAAAUGAAAAUAAAGAUGCCAAUCCGAAAGAAACACCAGUCGAAGCCACAGCCAUGAACACUGCAACGGCGACGACUGGCGACAGUGACGGCAGCACCGCGGUCUCCCACACCACCUCCCCUCUUUUGCUUCUUCUUGUUGCGUGUGCGGCUGCGGUGGUGGCCGCGUGA